GGGUUUCCUAGUGAAGUGAACCCUACGGCGUCAUGGCGGAGGCCGGUUGUUGGAAGACCCUGGAUUGACAUGCCAGCUUUCUACAAUCGCUGCUGACCAACGGGCACUAGACUUUGCUUACACCCUUAACGGCAAAGGGGAUUUACCAGAUUUUUGAACGGAGAGGAAAACCAACAUUCCACAAGUUCUACCGAACUGAGUGGUUCGGGGCUGCUCUCCCUAACCGGGAGAUAGCCAGCUAGCGUACGGUAGCGUUAGCUAUCAGUAGCUGCUAGCUCACCAGAUAAAUAAAAGAAGAAAGGACCUCUGGAGUGGAAAGGCCAAUUUUGACAACUAUUUUGUUGGAGUUUCCCAGGUAAUCCAACUGAACGCCAGAUACCACGCAGAGUGGAGUUACUUAUUCCCUUGUUCAGCCAGUCAAUCACGUGGAACGUUAUACUACAGAUUGUCAGGGGGAAGUCUAUAAUUUGGACUUCAGCAUGGCUGGACGCAGCGAGAAUGAAAGUGUAAGCAACAGCAGUGGCGAAUCAAGUAAUUCUGAUGAUGAAUCCGGUUCUGGAUCGGGCUCAGCAUCAGGGUCUGGCUCAGGCUCCAGUUCCAGCUCAUCCAGCAGCAGCAGCCAAUCAGGGAGCAGUGACUCAGGAAGUGGCUCAGACUCUGGCAGUCAGUCAGAUUCUGAUACAGAGAAAUCAAAGGAGAAGAUGGAACCACCAAAUAAGUCAAACAUUGAUGGAGCUGAGUUCUGGAAGUCAAACCCAAGUAUCCUAGCAGUGCAAAGGUCUGCUAUGCUCAGGAAACAGCAGCUUCAGCAGCAGCAGCAACAACAGCAACAGAGACAAAGCUCAUCAAAUAGUGGAUCUGAUGAGGACUCCUCAAGUAGUGAUGAAUCUGAUUCAUCAAGUGGAUCCAAAAGGAGAAAAAAUUCAGGCUCCUCUGACUCGGGAUCAGGUUCUGAAUCUGGGAGUGGUUCUGGGUCAGACUCAUCAGCACGGAACAACAGUGACGAAACAGCGUCAGACUAUGAGCCCAGCCAUAAAAGCAAAAGCAAAAAGCCUCCCACCAAGAUGAAUUUUCGGAAUGGAAAGAAAAGCAGCACCCAGAAGAAGAAACCCCCAAAAUGUUCUUCUUCCGACGAUGAGGGUGAUAACUACAAGAAAGUGGUGUCUGCAGGGCCACGGCGGCAGGCCACAGUCAACAUCAGCUACAAGGAGGACGAGGAGCUGAAGACGGACUCAGACGAUUUGGUAGAGGUUCUGGGUGAAGAUGUCCCACAGCCUGAGGAAGAUGAGUUUGAAACACUGGAGAGAGUGAUGGAUAGCAGAACGGGAAGGAAAAGAGCAACAGGAAGUUCAACAACAGUGUACGCUAUAGAAGCAGAUGGGGACCCCAAUGCCAACUUUAAUCCCCACAAAGAAGCUGGUGAGAUCCAGUAUUUAAUAAAGUGGAAGAACUGGGCCCACAUCCAUAACACUUGGGAGACAGAGGAGACACUGAAACUGCAAAACGUUAAAGGCAUGAAGAAACUGGAUAAUUUCAAGAAGAAAGAUCAGGAGAAAAAGAAAUGGUUGAAAGCGGCAUCACCAGAGGAUAUAGAAUAUUUAAAUUGUCAAGAAGAAUUAAUGGACGACUUGCACUCUCAGUACCAGCUUGUAGAGCGAAUCAUAGGACAUUCAAACCAGAAAUCAGCAGCUGGCUAUCCUGACUACCUGUGUAAAUGGCAGGGUUUACCAUACUCUGAAUGUAGCUGGGAAGAUGGUGCUCUGAUUGCCAAAAAGUUUCAGAAGUGCAUUGAUGACUACAUGAGCAGAAACCAGUCUAAAACCAUUCCAUUCAGAGACUGCAAGGUGCUGAAACAGAGACCCAGGUUCGUGCCUAUGAAGAAGCAGCCAUCUUACAUAGGAGGUGAAGGACUGGAGCUCAGAGACUACCAGUUGGACAGUUUGAACUGGAUGGCCCACUCCUGGUGCAAAGGCAACAGUUGCAUCCUUGCUGAUGAGAUGGGUUUAGGAAAGACAAUUCAGACCAUCUCCUUCCUCAACUACCUGUUCAAUGAGCACCAACUCUAUGGGCCCUUCUUACUGGUGGUACCUCUCUCCACGCUAACAUCUUGGCAGAGAGAAAUCCAGUUAUGGGCCCCUCAGAUGAAUAUUGUGGUCUACCUGGGAGACAUCAGCAGCAGGAACAUGAUCAGAACACAUGAGUGGAUGCAUGUCCAUAACAAGAGGCUUAAAUUCAACAUCCUCCUCACAACGUAUGAGAUUCUUCUCAAGGACAAGUCAUUUUUGGGCAGUGUUAACUGGGCCUUCAUUGGUGUGGAUGAGGCCCACCGACUGAAAAAUGAUGACUCCCUCCUCUACAAGACAAUGAUCGACUUCAAGUCCAAUCACAGGCUUCUGAUCACAGGAACACCACUCCAGAACUCCCUGAAAGAGCUAUGGUCUUUGCUGCACUUCAUCAUGCCUGAGAAGUUUCAUUCUUGGGAGAUGUUUGAGGAGGAGCAUGGUAAGGGCAGGGACUCAGGAUACACCAGUCUACACAAAGAGCUGGAACCUUUUCUGCUACGACGUGUCAAGAAGGAUGUGGAGAAAUCUCUUCCGGCUAAAGUGGAGCAGAUCCUGAGAGUGGAGAUGAGUGCUAUCCAGAAACAGUAUUACAAAUGGAUCCUGACCCGGAACUACAAGGCUCUGAGUAAAGGUACCAAAGGUAGCACUUCAGGCUUCCUAAACAUCAUGAUGGAGCUGAAGAAGUGUUGCAACCACUGUUACCUUAUCAAGCCACCAGAGGACAACGAGUUUCUCAACAGAGCUGAAGCUUUACAGCAACUGAUCCGCAGCAGUGGAAAGCUGGUUUUGUUGGACAAACUGCUGGUGCGCUUGAAGGAGCGAGGUCACAGAGUUCUCAUCUUCUCCCAGAUGGUACGGAUGCUGGAUAUCCUCGCUGAAUAUCUGAAGAGUCGGCAAUUCCUUUUCCAGAGAUUAGACGGCUCCAUCAAAGGGGAGAUGAGGAAACAGGCAUUGGAUCAUUUUAAUGCUGAAGGUUCAGAGGAUUUCUGCUUUUUGCUAUCUACACGUGCUGGUGGUCUGGGUAUCAAUCUGGCAUCAGCUGACACAGUAGUCAUCUUUGACUCAGACUGGAACCCCCAAAAUGACCUGCAGGCCCAGGCCCGAGCCCACAGGAUUGGACAGAAAAGACAGGUGAAUAUUUACCGUCUGGUGACAAAAGGCUCAGUGGAGGAAGACAUUAUUGAGAGGGCAAAGAAGAAAAUGGUGCUGGAUCACCUUGUCAUUCAGAGGAUGGACACCACAGGGAAGACUGUCCUCCAUACUGGUUCUGCUCCUUCCAGUUCCGCACCGUUCAACAAGGAGGAGCUGUCUGCCAUCUUGAAGUUUGGUGCUGAGGAACUUUUCAAAGAACCAGAAGGUGAAGAGCAGGAACCUCAGGAAAUGGACAUUGAUGAGAUUCUUAAAAGAGCUGAGACCAGAGAGAACGACCCUGGACCCUCUACAGUAGGAGAGGAGCUGCUGUCUCAAUUCAAGGUGGCCAACUUCACCAUGAUGGAGGACGAGGAUAUAGACCUGGACUCUGAGCGAAGUCAGCGGAGUUGGGAUGACAUCAUUCCUGAGGAACAGAGGAGGAGGAUGGAGGAGGAGGAGAGACAGAAGGAGCUGGAAGAAAUCUACAUGCUACCACGCAUGAGGAAUUGUGCCAAACAGAUAAGCUUUAAUUCUAAUGAGGGGCGGCAAAGCAGGAACAGGAGGUACUCUGGGUCCGACAGCGACUCCCCAUCAGAUCGAAAGAGGCCAAAGAAGAGAGGACGGCCUCGGACCAUUCCACGAGAAAAUAUUAAGGGUUUUAGUGAUGCGGAGAUUCGAAGGUUUGUAAAGAGCUAUAAAAAAUUUGGAGGACCACUGGAAAGGUUGGAUGCUAUUGCUCGUGAUGCUGAACUUGUGGACAAGACGGAACACGACCUGAAACGGUUGGCGGAGACUGUUCACAACGGUUGUGUGAGAACACUGCGAGAAAACCCCUGUGGAGAGAGGACUUCAGGAGGAAGAAGAGGGAAGGUAAAGGGCCCCACAUUCAGGAUCUCUGGAGUGCAAGUUAAUGCCAAGCUUGUUAUCUCACAUGAGGAAGAGCUGGCUCCUCUCCAUAAGGCCAUUCCUGCAGACCCUGAGGAGAGAAAGAAGUAUAUGAUUCCAUGCCACUCGAAGGCAGCGCACUUUGAUAUUGAGUGGGGUAAGGAGGACGACUCAAGCCUCCUCAUAGGAAUCUAUGAGUAUGGUUACGGCAGCUGGGAGAUGAUUAAGAUGGACCCAGACCUCAAUCUCACACACAAGCUCCUACCAGAUGACCCUGACAAGAAGCCACAGGCCAAACAGCUACAGACCAGAGCAGACUACCUCAUCAAGUUACUGAGCAAGGACCUGGCAAAAAAAGAAGCGCAGAAACAAGCAGGCACAGCCAAUUCACGGAAGAGGAAACCAAGAAGUAAAAAGAGCAAGACUCUGAAGCCAACUAAGACAGAAGAGGUGAUAAAGAGCCCAUCCUCAGAUCUCCCAUCGGACAAGAGGUCAGAUGAUGAGGAUGAAAUUGAGGAAGAAAAGGAGGUGGCACCAGUGAAGGCACCAACGAGACGGAGUCGGGCGGACAGAGUGGUGGUGAAAGAGGAGGAGGAAGAGGAGGAGGAGGAUGACGACGAUGAGGACGACGACGACGACGAUGAGCCUGAGCAGGAGGAGGCUUCUUCAUCAGGGGAGAUGGAGGUCAAAGAAAAGGAGAUCAAAAAAGAAGGAAAAAAGGAUAAGAAGGAGGAAAGUUGUGACAUAAAAGAGGCAAAGGAACCAAAAGAGAAAAAGGAGACAAAGCCUCUGGAGGCGGUAUACAAACUGGAGGAGAGCCUGGAAAAGAAUGACACAAAGCCUGAGGUACGAGAACGGACGAAAAAACCCUCUGACGGGCCGGUUCAUAUAACAGCCAGUGGAGAGAAUGUGCCAGUAUCUGAGGAGUCUGAAGAACUGGACCAGAGGACCUUCAGUGUGUGUAAAGAGAGGAUGCGGCCAGUGAAAGCAGCCCUGAAGCAGCUAGACAGGCCAGAGAAAGGGCUGUCGGAGCGCGAGCAGCUGGAGCACACGAGACAGUGUCUCAUCAAGAUUGGAGACCACAUCACAGAGUGUCUGAAGGAGUACUCAAAUCCUGACCUGAUCAAACAGUGGAGAAAAAACCUGUGGAUAUUUGUUUCCAAAUUCACUGAGUUUGAUGCCAGAAAACUACAUAAACUGUAUAAGCAUGCAAUCAAGAAAAGGCAAGAGAAUGCCCAGGCAAUGGAGCAGAACACUAGAAGUAUAAAUACCCACAGCUAUAAACAUGCAGAUAUUGAAAGACUGAAGGACAACUCCCACCAGGACGAGAGCAGCAGGGACAGCUACAGCUCAGACAGGCAUCAGCCUUCAAGUCGAUACCACGAAAGCAGCAGCAGCAAGGAGAGACACAGCUCUGAAUCCCACAGGAAGACGACAGUGGGAGAGUCCAGGAAAAGACCGUACUCCUCCUUCAGCAACGGCAAAGACCACCGAGACAGAGACCACUACAGACCAGACAGCCGGGACAGAGACAGACAGGACAGAUACUACAACGACAGUAAACACAGGAAGCUGGAUGAAUUCCGCACCAGCAGAGACCGAGACCAUCGGCUGGACGUGAAGGAACAUUCCCACUCAGACCACCGCUCUUCCUACCGAUACCACUCAGACUGGCAGACAGAGCAGAGAGCCUCAGCCAGCGGGCCCCGCUCUCCACGAGACCAGCGCUCACCCUACAACUCCCGCUCACCAAUGGGACACCGCUCACCUUUCGACUACUCGUCAGACCACAAGAGCACACCGGAGCAGAUCUGGAGCAGCCGCAAGACAUAACAGGAGCUGUCCGGGUCUGCUCGUAGCAGCCAUAGACUCAGCAACACAGCAAAUGCCUUAAAUGGACUGUGGACUCCAACCUGAAGCUGUUUGAAGCACUGUGUAUCAGUCAGUUCAGCAUGGCUGUCAUCUCCUCGCUUCAGCAGCAGAUCAUCUCUGGAAUCUGGAAGAUGAACACCAGGGGUUGGCUCAAACCCAGCAGCAGAUUGAAAAAAAAAAAAUCUAAGCUUAUUUUUAUAUUUAAGAGUUUAAGCUGCAUUGUUGUGUGGGCUCAACAGCAUGCAGCACUUUUUUUUUGGGUUAUUUUUAUAAAACAUUUUUGUUAAACUCUGGACACAAUUGACCCUGAGUGCUGCCUCAUACUCCCACCAACCCAUGACACUGGAUCCUGUAUUUGACUGUUCUCUAUGUUUGUCUGUCUGUCUCUGUGUCUCUAUCAUACUUAACAUGAUUAUCUACCUUAUUUAAGUGUUAACUCAAUGAGAAGUCGGUCGUCACAUGAAUCAUGUUACAAGGUGAUAUAACGGUGUCUGGUUGAAUCCAGUCUGGGCUCAGGCUCACCACCUGAAGUACCUCAUUUACAGCAUUUGUCAUUUCCUCGGCAGGUUUUCUUUUUUCCACCAGGUGUGAAUUAUUUAAUAACAUAUCCUAGCUGUAAAAAAAAAAAACAAUAACCUGCUUUUUUUUCUGAGAGCAACUCAUGUUUUUUUCUUAAAUAAUACCGUUGUAAAUUUUUUGUAAAAUAGUAAAUCAGUGGUCUUUUUCCUCAGGCUUUUUGGAUUUGUCAUGACUCUACUUUCCCCAUCAACUCAGGCUUUUUUGUCGUUCUACGAGUGAGUUUGUGUAUAAUAGUACUUUCAUGAUAAUGCUUUCAGAAUGUAACUUUUGGUAAAGGGAAAGUUCUUUAACGAUACUCAGUUUUAUUCACUAGUUCUUAGUUGUUGUUUUUUUUUUCCUCAGUGUGUUUAAAUCAGAGUUGGCAGGAACUGACUUGUCUGGACAGAAGACGGUUGUCUUUCUAUAGAAGCUCCUGUUAGAUCUAAAUGAAAUAGACUUUUUACAUGACCUUUUUUCUUUUUUUUUUACCUUUCCUUUUAUUUUUCUAUGUAGGCAAUAAUAAUGUCAAUGUUUUCUAUGCAGCCAACUAUAUUUGUGGUGAACCACCCAACUGAAUGAAGUCACUGUUAUGGUUCGCACUGUUGUACAUAAAUUUCCUCUAUAUUUCCAAAUGAAUUUACACUGAAAGUGCAUGAAUUUUUAUGAACUGUUUUAUAUAGUUGUUUAUGAAGCCAUUAAAAUCAAUCACUGUACUCACUCGUA